UGCUUAGAAAAGAAACCGCUGAACCCAGUGCUCCUCUUCCUCCUGUUCCUCUCCAUCUUCAGCCUGCUACACCUACAAAGCGUCCCUCAUUAGACACAAAGAAAGACAAAGAGAAAGAAAGAAGAGACACAUCAGACCCGAAGCGACGGACUUCUGAACACAAUGAGAAAGAUAGAAAAUACACAAGUGACAGUAAACCACUCAAAAGGCCAUCAAUGAAGCUCAAGAUUGAGAGAAAAGACUCCACAGGUUCUAAAAAGCUCCAUUCUAGAAAGCUCAGCCUGGAUGGACGGAGAGACAGUAAGGACUCUACUGACUCUAAGUCAAGCCGUCACCUUUUGAAAAGACAAUCAAGUGAACCUAAACUGGAGAGGAGAGAUUCUACUAACUCAAGGUCUGGCAGCUCACCUCAGGUCAAGAAAUCUAAUGAAAGCAAGAGUAAACCAGAGACCCCAAAGACGCCCACAACACCCACAAGCCCCCUCUCCCCGUCGUUUAGCUCCAGUGUGGGUCCUUUAUCUCCUCGUCUGCAAACUGGGGAUCCCAUCAGGGACAAAUGCAUCGAAAUGCUGGCUGCUGCGCUACGUACAGAUGAUGACUACAAAGACUAUGGGACAAACUGUGAGGGCAUGGCAGCAGAAAUCGAGGAUCAUAUCUACCAGGAGAUAAGAGCCGCAGAUAUGAAAUACAAGAACAGAGUUCGCAGCCGCAUAAGUAACCUCAAAGAUCCCAAGAAUCCCAAUCUGCGUAAAAAUGUCUUGGCUGGAGCCAUCGAGUUGAGCCGCAUCGCCAUCAUGACUGCUGAGGAGAUGGCUAGUGAUGAACUGAAACAGUUGAGAAACGUGUUGACCCAGGAGGCCAUCCGAGAACAUCAGAUGGCAAAGACUGGAGGAACCUCCACUGACCUGCUGCAGUGUGGCAAGUGCAAGAAGAAAAACUGCACCUACAAUCAGGUACAUCAAUGAAACUUAUCUUCUCAGAUAUUUAUAAUGCAUAAGAGCCUAGUAGUGUGCCA